AUGGCGCACCAAGAGGUGCGUGCUUCCGAGAACUCGGGGUGGGGCCGCUGUUUCCUGCGAUGUGCACGCCUGGAGACGCCGGGAGGCAUGCCAAAAGUCUCGGAGGCCCGGCGCUUUCUGAGCGCCAAGGGUAUCGAGAUCUCCCAGCUCAGCUACUGGUGGCGCCUCAUGGGCUGCAGCCCCUUCCACGCCGCCGCGGCGCGGAACCUGCUGCGGCCCAGGCCGCCGGUGCUGCGUUUGCCGCUGCUGGUCCGCGACUUGCCGGACGAGGCGGAGGACACGGAGGCGGAGGACGGGGAGCGGCGGGAGGUGGGCCUGGAGCAGCAGCGGGACGCGUUCUGGGAUCCGCCGGAGACUGCUCUGGGCUUCUUAGAGCUUGAGCUCACGGGGCUUUGCGAGGCGUUUCAGGAGGUGGAGGACGUGGCGCCCAAGAAGCUGCGCCCGGAGUGCUUGUACGACAGGCACAAGCACUUCGGCUACCAAUGGCUGCGAGUGCGCCAGUUCCAGCGGCUCAUCGCCCAGCGCAGCCAGCGCCCGGAGCUGAUCCAGGAGGCGAGCCAGGACGACGUCCCCCCACUGCUGCGGGCGGAGGUUUGGAGCGCGCUGCUGGGCAGCGACCUGGAGGUGGACGGGCAGUGCUGGACCCCAUCCUACGAGAAGCUCCUGGUCACGCCCUUGCGCGGCACCGUAUCCGGCGACACCAAAACCGGCAGCUCCUUGCAGAGGAGCACCGGGGUCAUUGGCCUCGAAGAUGAGCAGUGGAAGACCGCGGUGAAAAGCCGGCCCAUGGCCACGUGCUCGGAGCCGAGUGGUUUGGUGCGACGACUGGAACGGCUGCUGCACGCGCUGCUGGUGGCCAAUGUCCUGCACGAGGUUGAAGGUCUGGGUGCCUUUUGCGCGGUGGUGGCUGGGGUCUUCACCUCGGAGGCUGCCGCCUUUAUGGCAGGCCAGCGCUUGCUGCAUGGCUUCUUGUGGCCCUUCUAUGGACCUUCGGGGCCUUUGUUCCGCCAUCAGAACCUGCGGCUCUUCGAGUCGCUGCUGAGCUUCGCGGACCCCGAGCUGGCGCUGCACCUCUCCGAGCUGGGCAUGCGACCGGAGACCUACGCCAAGGACGGGGCUGGCACUGGGCUGGCGCGCUGCUUCGCUUCGCUGAGCUACACCUGGCUGAGCGAGGAGCGUUUGGACUUCUGCCGGGAUGUGCUGAAUCCCCCGCCCAAGCUGGAUGAGACGGCGGAGUACCCUCUCACACCCUUCGAUAGCCAGGUGGGUGCUGAGAGCCGCGUGUUCAUCCAGGGCUACCGUCGCGAGAACCUCUUGAUCCCACUGGCGCGGGCGUGUCCGUUGGUGGAUGAUGCUACUUCAAGCGAAUGUAGUACAGAAGCCCAGGACUAUUUGUUCAGCCUGCUGAUUUUUGGCAGUCCCCUGCUGGCCGGUCUCUUCUUCACGUGCGUGUGGCAGGUGUGCUGCUGCACGGCAAUGUGCCGCUGCUGCCGGAGAUGCUGCCUCUGCUCCGAGCGGAAGGCGCCAAGGCCGGCGGCUAUUUGGCAGAAAGCUGGCGUGAUUUGCUUGGUCCCGGUGAUUUUUGUGGCUGCUUCGGCGGGCGCUUUUGUGGCAUACACCCGGUCGGAAACCCUGACCAUCACCGUGUCCGAGGCGAUUUGCCACAGCCUGACCAUAGCAGACGAGACGCUGAAUGGCUCCCCCUCCGAGCCGCUGUUUCUGGGCGUGGAUGCAGGCAUCAAGCGCAUGUCUCUCCUCCGGCAGCUCUUGGACGUGGACGGCAAGUCCAUGACAGACAUCCGAGCAAUCUUAGACGAGACCGCCGCGUUCGGCUCCGCCAUGGAGGACCUCUUGGCAAAGGUGGACCACAUGAAGCGGGUGUUGACCCUGGUGGGCCAACAGAAGCUCAAGGAGCACAGCUGCUGGUUCUGCACGCGAGCUGCCGGCAGCAACGUUACGGGGGAGGUUGGGCUCCUUAACGAGCUGCUGCUUGCCCUCCAGCAGUCCUCCGCAGACGCCAUGCAGUCCAUACGCCAAACCACCGCCGCCACGCUUACCGGCAAGCAGCUGGUCGACGUGACCGCUGCGGUGCAGCGGGGCAACACGGCCCUCCAGGUCUUCAAGCAGAGCACCGCCGGCACUUUUGUUGAGGCAUUUCUGUCCUUGCGCUCCGAGCUGCAGGGUGCCGAGGACGCAAGACACACUGCCUUCAUGUCCCUUUCGGGCUUCGCGCUGGUCAUGGCCAUCUUAGCGAACCUGGGGGCCAUCAUCUACGCCCGCCGGUCCAAGGCCAAGUACCCCAGUGCCACACCCUCCUGCGUCAGCUGGUUCUGCGGCUUCUGCGUGAUCAGCUUCGGACUGGCCUUUGCAGGGCUGCUGCUAUUGCUGGCGGUGCCUGUCUCGGAGAUGUGCGGCUUCAUGCGCUACGAGCUGCUGACGCACCAGGGGGUGCAGGAGUAUUACAGGCAGGUCGGCCUCUUCAACCCCCAGGACCCAGCCAAGCGCAUGGAUGCCCUCGCAGCGGACGUGUUCCGGAGCUGCUUCACGGGCAACGGCACGGGGGACAUGGUGGCGGCCAUGCAGCUCCAGCAACCUUUGGCCUUCCAGGAGGUGCUGGAUGCGAGGUUCGUGGAGCUGGAGGACAAGCAGGCCGGCAUGGUGGUGGACACUGCCAGGUACGAGCUGUUAGUGACGCAGGCACAAACCUUCGGCGGCCUCUUCCUGCUGGAUCCAGACCAGCAGCUGCCGCUGGACGCCACGGCGGCGCCCAAGCUGCUGGGCAGCUCCUUGGAUCCGGACGACCAGGUGGGCCCAGAUGGAGAGUCGCUGAUCUAUGGCCUCAACACGUCCAUUGCGGGAGCCGGGCAGUACUCCUUCGCGCACGGCACCUCGGGCGGCGGGGUGCUGAUCACGGCCACCCAGCCGUCGGAGGCGUCCCUAGACGAGCCGCAGCGGGUGCGCAACGCCCUGGCCUAUGCGCGCCUCAAGGAGCAGAUCCUGUCAGAACCAUUCCUGCUCAGAUGCUUGGCCCCGGCGCCCUGCGAGGAGCGGCAGUGCAGCUUCGAGCAGUUCAAGGCCCACGUGUUGGACAUGGCCGAGCAGGUGAAAACGGCCGGGCUGCACCUGGGCAAUGAGGCCAACUCGGCCAAGCAGCUUUUAGCCUUAGACUUGCGGACGACCUUGCAGAGCAUCCUCACGGAGGUACGGGAGCUAAGGACCUUGCUGGGCUGCCGCUUCCUGUGGCGCCGCUGGGAAGACUUCGACUUCAAGCUCUGCAACGUGGCACUACCCGCAGCCAUCGAGGCUGCGGUGGCCUGCCUCGUCUUGGCCGUGGCUUCCUUGCUGCUGGCCGCUGUGCACUACAAGAUGUGGCGACACCUCUUGGACAACAAGGUGCUGGGCGAGGAGCUGGAGAGGUUCUCCAAGAAGUACGGCUACCUACAGACCGCCAAGACCCCGAAGAACAGGAAAUGA